AUGCUUCUCUCCCAUUCAAUUCGCCUUUGCUCAUCUUUACGACCGCUGAGACCGUUCUCCCACCCAAGAUUCUUUUCUGUCUUUGGUCCGCGCUACACCGUCGAUAUGGGAACCGUGGACACCACCGAACGCCUGACGCGGCUGAGACAAUUGAUGCGGGACAACAAGGUGGAUGUAUACAUUGUUCCCUCAGAAGAUAGCCACCAGUCCGAAUACAUUGCGCCAUGUGACGGUCGUCGAGAGUUUAUCUCCGGAUUCUCGGGCUCUGCCGGUACCGCUAUUAUCUCCUUGUCGAAGGCUGCCCUCUCCACCGAUGGACGAUACUUCAACCAGGCCGCGAAGCAACUCGACAGCAAUUGGCAGCUGCUGAAACGCGGCAUUGAAAAUGUCCCAACGUGGCAGGAAUGGACUACCGAGCAAGCCGAAGGGGGCAAGGCAGUGGGUGUUGACCCGUCCUUGAUCACAGCGUCCGGUGCACGAAAACUGGCGGAAACCCUCGAGAAGAAUGGCUCGUCGCUUGUGGGAGUUGAACAAAACCUGGUUGAUUUGAUUUGGGCCAAGGAUCGUCCGGCGCGCCCCAACGAGAAGGUGCGAGUGCACCCGAAGAAGUAUGCUGGAAAAUCAUUCCAGGAGAAGGUGGCUGAGCUGCGGAAAGAUCUGGAGUCAAAGAAGAAGGCCGGGUUUGUCAUCUCUAUGCUUGACGAGAUUGCCUGGUUAUUUAACCUGAGAGGAAGCGACAUUCCUUACAACCCGGUGUUCUUCUCAUACGCCGUCGUCACGCCCACAACUGUUGAGCUCUAUGUCGAUGACGAUAAGCUUACCCCAGAGGUGAAGGCUCAUCUGGGACAAGAUGUGGUCAUUAAGCCGUACGACUCCAUCUAUGCCGACGCCAAGGCUUUGAGUGCCGCCAGGAGCCAGUCUUCCAGCGCCGAUGGACAGGAGAAAUUCCUGUUGUCUAACAAAGGUUCCUGGGCAUUGAGCCUUAGCCUCGGUGGUGAGGACCAGGUUGAAGAAACCCGCAGCCCGAUCGCAGAUGCAAAGGCUAUCAAGAACGACACCGAACUGGAGGGCAUGCGUGCCUGUCACAUCCGGGAUGGCGCUGCCCUGACCGAGUACUUUGCUUGGCUCGAAAAUGAGCUGAUCAACAAGAAGACGGUCCUGGACGAAGUCGACGCAGCCGACAAGCUGGAGCAGAUCCGCUCCAAGCAUGACCUUUUUGCUGGCCUUUCAUUCGACACCAUCUCUUCUACCGGCCCCAACGGGGCGGUCAUCCACUACAAACCGGAGAAAGGCAGUUGCUCCAUUAUCGACCCCAAGGCUAUCUACCUUUGUGACUCUGGCUGCCAAUAUUUCGAUGGAACGACUGACACUACUCGAACGUUCCACUUCGGCGAGCCUACCGCAUUUGAGAAGCGGGCAUUCACUCUGGUUCUGAAGGGAUGCAUCGGAAUUGACACGGCAGUUUUCCCCAAGGGUACCAGUGGGUUUGCUAUUGAUGUCCUUGCCCGUCAGCACCUGUGGAAGGAAGGCCUUGAUUUCCUCCACGGAACCGGACAUGGGAUUGGCUCUUAUCUGAAUGUCCAUGAAGGCCCUAUGGGCAUCGGCACUCGUGUCCAAUACACCGAGGUUCCACUUGCAGCAGGAAACGUGAUCUCAGAUGAACCUGGAUACUACGAGGACGGCAAGUUUGGCAUUCGCAUUGAGAAUGUCGUGGUGGCCCGAGAAGUCAACCCUCCUCACAAAUUUGGCGACAAGCAGUGGCUCGGCUUUGAGCACGUUACCAUGACUCCCAUCGGCCGCAAUCUGAUUGAGCCGUCGUUGCUGAGUGAUGAGGAGAUCAAGUGGGUGAAUGACUACCAUGCUGAAAUCCGGGAGAAGACACAGCACUUCUUCCAGGCAGAUGAGCUGACCCGCAAGUGGUUGGAGCGCGAGACCCAGCCCAUUUCCAAGUAA